UGGUGUCACAAGUUCUUCUACAAAAAUGGCGGAAGGUGGUCCCCAUCCACCCGAUUUGGAAACCCAGAAAAACGACAUCUCAAAUUUGCUGAAGAAGCCUCUGAAACCAGACGACAUUUGGUACCUCGUGGACAACAAGUGGUUCAAGCAGUGGAAGAAAUAUGUGGGAUACGACACCUGGGACGUUUGUGGCAUUGGGGAGCAAACGACGCAUCCGGGCCCCAUCGACAACUCGCCUCUACUUAAGGAGGACAACAGCGGGGAGACGAAGGACCACCUGAUUGACGAGCUGGACUAUGUGCUGCUGCCCCAGGAGGCCUGGGACAAGAUGGUCUCCUGGUACGGGCUCACCCCCGGCCAGGACCCCCUGCCCCGGAGGGUCAUCGAGUUCGGCAUGUUUGUCAAGCACUGCAAGGUGGAAGUGUAUUUAAUGGACCUGAAGCUCUGCCUAAGUACCAACCUGGAGCAGUGCAUCACGAAAAAGUUCAGCAAAGUGGACACAAUCGACCGGAUCGAGAAGGAGAUGCGGAACCUGUUCUCGAUCCCGAAGGAGAAGGAGACGCGCCUCUGGAACCGGUACAGCAGCAACACCUACGAGCACCUGUUUGACCGGACGCGCACCGUGCAGGAGGCGGGGCUCUACCAUGGGCAGGUCAUCAUGAUUGAGGAGCAGAAUGACGAUGGCAGUUGGUCGAGGAAAAGUGCAAAAGGAUCGGCGGGCUACUGUAAUUCGUCGGGAGGAAGGGGGGGAGAUGCCAAGUCUUACAACGCACCUGCCAACACCAUUGCCACGCGGAGUUACAGUGCAGUGGGCAACAACUACGGCAAUUACAGCAACAGCUGCAACUACGAGCUUCACGGAGGUGGCAGCACACCCGGUCUCUGUGGGCUGGCCAACCUGGGGAACACCUGCUUCAUGAAUGCCGCAGUGCAGUGCAUGAGCAACACCCCUCCGCUGACGGAGUACUUCAUGGAGGGCCGCCACCUCCAGGAGCUGAACCACAGCAACCCACUGGGCAUGAAGGGGGAGGUAGCAAAGUCUUAUGCCGACCUCAUCCGGGUCAUGUGGUCCGGAAACUGCUCCAGCACCAUUCCCAGGCCUUUCAAGAUGGUGGUGGGCAGGUUUGCCCCCCAGUUCUCGGGCUUCCAGCAGCAGGACUGCCAGGAGCUGAUGGCCUUUCUGCUGGACGGCCUGCACGAGGACCUGAACCGGGUGAUCCACAAGCCGUACAUCGAGCUGCGGGACCCCGACGGGAGGCCCGACGAGCUGGUGGCCCAGGAGGCCUGGCACAACUACCAGCUGCGCAACAACUCCAUCAUUGUGGACAUCUUCCACGGGCUGCUCAAGUCGACCCUGGUGUGCCCGGACUGCCAGAAGCUGUCGGUGACCUUCGACCCCUUCUGCUACCUGUCCCUGCCCCUGCCCAUCAGGAAGGAGAAGCUGCUCGAGCUGGUGCUGGUGCGCGCCGACCCCCAGGAGAAGCCCCUCAAGAUGAAAGUGACGGUGAUAAAGAUGAGCAGUAUCCAGGACGUGUGCAGCUCUGUUUCUCGAUUGGUGGGAAUUCCUGCCGACAGGCUCCUGGUGACGGAGGUCCACAAUCACCGGUUCCUGAGGGUGCUCCAGAACACAGAUCCUAUCGACACGUUGGAUCGUAUGGAAGUCUUUGUAUAUGAAUUGCCUCAGUCAUUGAAUCAGGAUAACUCUACCUACUUCCUGCCUGUCUACUUGAGAGAGAAAAGCUGCCGCUAUGUGUCCAACAACUGCAACGUGCCUGUGUACCAGCUGUUCAGCCAGCCCUUCUUUGUGUCCGUCCCGGCCAAGGACUGCACCUAUGACAUGCUCUACAAGCGCAUCCUCAAGUGCCUUGCGAGGUAUGUGACACCCCCAAAGCCUGGGGAAGAAUGGUGGACCGAAGAGAACAUGGACAAGCAAAAUGGAGAGGUGGACGUGCUCAACGGCAGCAACGAGGAGUCGUUCCACGACGCAGACGAGGAGUGUGCAGACGGGCGGGAAGAGGAGGGGGGCAGCACGGCCGCGGAAGAGGAGCGGGCGCCCAACCACAAGCGUCCCGCCGUGGACAAGCCGCCUCGGCGCCUGUUCAGCCUGCACACCAUCAACGAGAAUGGGUCUCUCAACCUGGACUCCCUGGAGGACGGGAAGGAGCCUCUGAAGCUGGGGCCCCGCACCUACCUGGGCGCAGACUGGCUGCCCCAGGUGCGCGCCCGCUUCUUCAAGGACCAUGUCACCAACGACAUGGUGGUGCACGAGUCGAUGCACCAGCGGCAGGUGGCCAAGCGGCAGCUACAGCUGCGGGAGUGCCUGGAGCUGUUUACGACGACGGAGAAGCUGGGGGCCGAGGACCCCUGGUUCUGCCCCUCGUGCCGCAGCCACAAGCAGGCCACCAAGAAGUUUGACCUGUGGAGCCUGCCCCGGGUGCUCAUCAUCCACCUCAAGCGCUUCUCCUACAACCGCUUCUGGCGAGACAAGAUCGACACCCUCGUCGAGUUCCCCAUCAGCAAUCUGAGGAUGCACGACUACAUCAUCAACCAGAAGCAUGGUCCAGCUGUGUACGAUCUCAUCGCAGUGGCCAACCACUACGGCGGCAUGGGUGGCGGACACUACACGGCCUAUGCGAAGAACAAGGAAACGGAGCAGUGGUAUUACUUCGAUGACAACAGCGUCUCCCCCGCCACCGAGGACAAUGUUGUGUCGAAGGCGGCCUACGUGCUCUUCUACGCCAAGCGCGGCGAAGGACGAUCUCGGAACCCGUCGGCGUCUGCGAGUGCGUCAUCAGCCGACCGCCAGUGCUCCUCCGCGUCCGGUUCCCCCGUGGACGAAGAACACAUGGACCUCAGCUAGGAAGCAGACAGACAGUGCCACCCCCGACCGGGGGGCGAGGGAAGAGAGGAGAGAACACGGACAAUGCCCGAGAAUGCCGAGAGAGGGGCUUUUGCACGUGCAAGAAGAGAGAGGUGGAAGAGCGCGGCGUCCCGACAGUCAGCCGUCCCGCAGUUUCCGAGUUCUUGCCCGCCGUUUUUGCCGACGCCGCUCUGCCUCGACUCCCCCGACCGCCAUUCCCGUGUCUCUAACGAUUGUUUGUUUUGUUUCUGACUGACCGGCUUGAGAAAAGAGCCCAAACGACGUCUAUUGUGGCGCCGUUCAAAUGCUUUUUUAUGUUGGCUCUUUUUUUUUUUUACGGCGGAGAUUAAAGGGCAAUCUUACUUGGAUCGGCAUGCAGCUGGGUCACUUGCGUCGAAUUUCCCGGAUAGGUUUCAUUGCGGGUGCUUAGAGGGCGGCGAAAACGUGGGAGAAAUAUUUUUUACCUUUUCCCGUCGGGGUUUUCGAAAGGGGUUGAUCUUGCCUACCGAGUCCUCGCGGACGAAUCUUCCAGUCUUCAUUUGACUCGUAAAGGAGGAACGUUUGUAUGAAAGAAUAGGCGUUUGGUACUUGUGCCGGUUUGGGCGUUCUCAAAAGUCCUAGCUUUCGCGGGGUAGUGAAAAGAAAUUUGUUGUCUCAAUUUAGUGCAUAGGGAAUUUCGGUAGGGCCGCAGAGGUGAAUUGGGCAGAGAUGCAGCCGGUAGGAAAAAGAACUGGCACCAUGUUAGGCUGAAGCACCUGAAAGCUGGUUCAGCUGGAGCUGCCUUUAUUGUAACCCUAAUUUUGAUACGAGGUGUGACGAUUGGUAGAGAGAGGUAUUUGCACUGACGGGUGAUGUGGUGGUAUCGGCUUGCGGUUACAUCGUUGGUCCUGAUUUGAAUCCGUGGUUUGCAGUUUGUGUCGGGAGUAGCUCUGUAUCAGGUCGGAACAUUGCCAAGAAGAGGCACGUCGCCUUGACUGAAAAGAUUGAUUGAUCCUACGCGACCAUGACUUCUCUCUGCCGGAGCCGAAACGGAAUGUUGUGAUACUACGCGACAACGGUGUUCGAGGCAACCUGGAUUGGCUGUUGGAAGUUGCACACAGUACUUUCCUCUUCUUGCAGUAUCUGAAAGAAAUGCGGUAAAGUAAUCCAGUUUGUUUGUUUCUUCUCUUAGGUGUUUUUUUUUUCAUAGAUGCUUUUUUUGGCUUGUUUUUUUUGGCACGUCUGCUUUAGGCUAUUUUUUUUAUUUGAGAAAUUGUGUAAUUUAUUACGUGACGGUUUGAUCAAAAGUUGGGCGAUCUCGCUGUUGCGAGGUUCCGUUCUCCCUUUUGCUUCCACUGUAAAUGUGUUCUGGGUUAUGUUGUAAAUUUGAAAUAAAGGUCUGUUUUCUAGUUCUUUGCCCGGUAUAGCAAAGGAAAGCUGUUUUAAGCUUUUUUUUUCAUCUAGCGGUUUUGUUAGUUUUCUUUAAGAAGUGGAGCUUCUAGGAGAAAGCGUCAAGAGUUCACGUGAUGUGGGGGAAAAAAAAUUGUACAAUCGCAUAAUGUGGAAUAUGGUUCAAACACAAGUGAAGGAAAUCUGUCGAAGAGUAUUGGCAUUUUGAUUUGUGACUCUCAAAUCCUGAAAAUACUUUUGUUCUGAGAUGCAGGUCCAUUGCGACACUGUUCUUUUUACUUGGAAUAAUAAAGAAUGCUAGCAAGCA